GGCUGCCAAACUUUAAAAAAAAAAUGUUUUCAACUUUUCAUGAAAAGAUCGCUUAUUUUAUUUUAUGUGUUAAACUCACAUGACCAUUUUGUUUUCUAAACGAUAAAAACGUGACACAUUUUAUGCACAUUCUUUCAGCUCGUUUUUAUGAGGUGGCAUUUAUAGCUCUGGCGUCUUAGCUGUAAAGGCAAUUAUAUUGCUUUCUUUUUAUUCGUCUUUGUUAUCAAGACUUACGGUAGGCCUUCAACAAGUUUUAUCUAGGCCUAUUUGACUACAACUUUUAAAGAUGGAAGCAGAUUUUGUUUCGUUAGUUUUAGCAGCAGUUAUAGUGCUGGUACUGCUUUUGUACUGUAUGAAAAAACGCAGAACAGUACCUGGCAGAAAAGAUUUGCCUGCAUCUGAAGAAAGGAGGUUAAUAUCUGAAGUAAAGGAAGAAACCAUCAAGACAAGGAAACAGAAAAGUUUAUUUGCUCAAACACAGCGGGCGGAAACUUUGUAUGAACUGUUUAAAGCAGAGUCAGUGCAGAAGGUUGCUAGUGAGAUUAAAUCCCUUGAUGAAGUCAGUGCUGUUAUUGCUAAAGCUGGUUUAGAAAACUGCAAUUUAAUAUUUGGUAUCGAUUAUACUGGAUCUAAUUAUCUCCAAGGUAAAAAAACAUUUGGGGGGAAAUGUCUUCAUGACAUCAGUGAUAAAAUCCUCAACCCUUACCAAAGUGUUAUUUGUGCACUUGGUGAAACUUUGGAGCCUUUCGAUAGUGAUGGAGCUAUUCCAGCCUUUGGUUUUGGAGAUGCCUAUACUAAGGAUCGCUCAGUGUUUGCACUCAAACCUGAUGGAAUUCCUGCAGGCUUUAAAGAGGUGCUUGAGAUUUACAACCAGUUAACACCAAAAGUUCGCCUGGGUGGCCCUACCAAUUUUGCACCACUUAUCCGCCAAGCUAUUGAUAUAGUUAAAGAAACCAGAUCCUAUCACAUUUUGGUUAUUGUUGCUGAUGGGCAAGUGACCAAUGAAAGAGCUACUAUAGAAGCCAUUGUUGAAGCAUCUAAUUACCCAUUAUCCAUAAUCACAGUUGGUGUGGGCGAUGGACCAUGGGAUACCAUGAAGGAAUUUGAUGAAAAACUGCCCAUUAGAAACUUUGACAAUUUCCACUUUGUUGACUACGCUGCUGCUAUAACUGGUGUCUCCAACCCAAAUGCGUCGUUUGCUCUACAUGCAUUGAAAGAAAUUCCUGACCAGUUUAAAGCCAUCAAAAGACUCCAACUCUUGUAAAAUGGUUUAUCUCACUUCACUUUUUAAUGUUCCAGGUGCAUCAAUUAGUUGUUUUAUAAUCUCCCUUGAUAUAUGAUGUGUUUACUAGUAUACAAAUUGAACAUUUAUUUCUAUUGUUAAGAUUUUUAUUUCAGUGAAAAUAGACUUAGUUUUUUUCUUUUAACUUAAAUUCCGGUUUAUUUUUUAAUAAGAUAAGCAAUUUCUUAGCAUUCCAAUAGAUUAUUACAAUUUAUCUAACUUUUACAUGUACAUAGCAAUUAGUUUUAUUAAAUGUAUUGGAUAAUGUUUUUAAAAAAAGUCACUUUUUAAAUCAGCAUUCUGAAUAUUAUGAGCAUAUUAUGCCUUUGUUAUUUUUUGCAUCAAAUUAAAGUCUCUCAUAAAAUCAGUUUAUUACACUAACAUUUUAAUAAGGCAGCCCACAUUAAAUGAGUUAAGUUGUGUGAGUGCUUGAUGCAAACUUAGAAAAAGAAGAACUAAAAUGGAUGAUUGAGUUAGUAUACAAGUCUGAAAACAGUAAGUUGAGUAGGUAUUGUGCAUUAUGUAAACCUUGCUGAGGAUGAAAAUGGGGUUAAUUGAAUGGGGGGGGGGGCCUGCAGCAGGGGUAAAUGUUUGACAAUAUCAUGUAGCUAAUAAAUUUUGAAAGCUAAUGGUUUGUAUUGGCAAAAUGUGCAUAUUUUUCCCCCUAUUUAUUUUGUUACUACAUUAAAAGGAAAUGUCUAAAUUUUCAUUGUAAAAAGCUGGGUGUUUUUCUCUUGAUAUUUUAUUUUUAAAAAAGUUUUUCAUAUGCUUUUAAAAUGUGUGUGUGUUGCAAUCAAAUAUGCAUGUUUUAGAAUAUACAAUCAAAUAAAAAUAUUCAUCUGCAGGUUUUUGUACAAAACCUAUUUCAUCUUUUCUUCCUACUCUAUACACAUUAUUUUAAACUGCCAGAACUUCUAGACACUGAAGAAAAACUUUAUUUAUAAAACACUCCACAUUUCAUAUUUACAGUGUUUGUUUUAAGAAAAAGAUAUGAAAAUUAA